UGGGGACGGUCGGGAUAUUGCAUCUUCGUCAUGGCAAAUGGACGCACCUCUCACUAUCGAAGCGUCAUGAUGUGAACGUUUCAAAAUGAACAUUUUCACCACCAGUUUUUUGUUUGUCUUGUCGUGGGGGGAGAACGAGUUCGAGUAGAAGUCGAAGCAAGUAAAGUGAAAUCAGAACAUCAAUUGAAGUUUCUGCGACGAAAGAAGAAAAACAAAAAUGUCGCAGCAAUCCGUGACCUUUCUCUCGCAAGCCAGCAACACGCUGCACAAGCCGCUGAAGAAACCAGGAGGAACAGCGCAGUUCAAAAUGGGAUUGGCGGUAUAAUUUAGAAACUGUCUGGUUCUUGUGACUUCAAUGUUGUACAUAGAAGAAAACAUGACAUUAUGCUAGUAUAUGCAUGAGAAGCUUGUUUUGUCAUGCGUGUAGACCACGCUUCACAAAUCAACACAAUGAAACUCUCAGGGUAAGAACCUGACGCUGUUGCACGCGACGGAACAACACCUGGACAUGAUCCGCACACGGGAUGAGGAUAUCGACGGGAGAAAAUGUGUGUAAAAGUGCAAACUUGCUAAAGAAUUUCGUAAUUUUGAAUUGAUGACAGUACGGUCACGAAUUUCAUAGUACAAUGCUAUGCCAUGGCAUUAUUAAAAACGAAGAAGAACGAAAGCGAUUCUUGCACAGCAUUGGUUUCCUGUUGACGAAAAGGCAUUUUCGAUGCAGACAAGUUGAGCAUAACCAUAAUCACGCAUUUUUUUCUUUGCAUAAGUAAGGCCAAGAUCGCGUACCAAAAUUCCGAGCCGUUGGGGUUGAAAGCCUUCCAUUUCAAGACCAUGGAAACGAUGCGACAGGUAUACUUAGCUACGCUUUCCUUAUUCGUAUUAACGGUUUCAAUUCUAAAAUGCUACACGGAGAAGAACAAGAAGUUUCUUUCCACUGAGUCGAGAGCAGAAGAUCCGAAAUUGCGUGUCGAAUCUUAUUGCAAACGUGCUCUUAUCAAAGUAAAUGUAAAACUAAACCAACAGGAACGCGAGCGGCUGGGGUGCAAUGACAUUCCGCCGAAGCCGGUGGCCUCGAUUCCAGGCUAUUCCGGGAACUUGCCCCGGCGGGAGGCCCUGAACAUCCACGGAGGGACCCACCGCGAGACCUGCCUGCAAUCCGCGUACUGCUUUGCGCAGGAGCAGAAGCGAUCCCGCGCUAUCGCGGCGAACAUCCUGCCGCCGAAUUCCAAGCUGGAAACCCCGGACACGCUGCGGCGGUAAGGGGAACAGCAUCGGAGCGGGUGUGCAACUGCCAUUUCUUUCACCGAAUUUGAUGUUUCACAUAAGUUUGGAAUUUGAUUUCACAGUACUUAACAAUGUACCCAUUUUAUAUUAUAUUCGGAUUACGAUCAACAUUAAGCAUUUUAGCCUUCUUGCGAGCUUUAAGCCUUCAGGAAGAAUCACAGUUAGGAAGCUUAGCAACAGGAAUCUGGAAUCAUUGUCACAUUUUGCAGGAUUGUUUAUGUUUUCUCACUUGUACAAAAGUUUACACUUGAUCUCUGAAGUAGGAGCAAAUCAGUUAGGCAUGUCGAGACGAAUUUUUCGCACUGUACAAUAAGAAUAAUUUUCUGGAACCACGAAAAGUAAUCUAGACCCACAGUUUGGAUGUAUACCUUGAGGAGGGCGCUUCUUCUAUGGGAAAGUAGGGCGUUUGGCGGGUCACCUGAAUAAAUCUGGUGUUUCAACAGAGGCAUUCAACAGCUUUUUCAAUAAAAAUGUACACCUCUUGGGCUGGCAGAAUGAUUUGAGAAUUCUAAAACUGAUAUUAUACGAGCAGAAGCACAGGAGCUGCUUGUAGAAAGAUGC